AUGGAUCCUCAAGAAUAUUACGGCAAAGUCGAGGAAUGGUUCAAACAAGGCCAUUUCAGUCGUGAUGCGCUCCUGCACACUCUUAGCAGCAGAACCAAGAAUUUCGGCAUUUUGGAGGACGACGAAGAGCAACGACUACACGAAACGUUUGAUUCUCUCUGCGCCGAUAAUAAUGGCUCACGAUAUCUCUCCCAACCGGCGUUUGUUUCAUUCCUACAGAGAUUGGGGUUUCUUCCGUCGUCCAUGAAUGAAGCGGGUGCGGUUCUCUACCGCAGUCUUAUCAACAUCUCGCAAGCCCCGUUCGAUGAACAUUCCGCUAGACAAUUGACUUUGAAUGAUCUGCUCCGAUCGCUGGUAUUGACGGAUUACGAUCGAUCCAGGCGUGUCUAUGAAGAGAGUGAGGAUUCCCGGACUAGAACACCGGCUGAUACACGGAGAAUCAUCUUCCAAAGCUUAGCAACAGCUCGCAAUGACAAGAAAGCGCUGUCUUGA